AUGCCCGGGGAAUCUAUCUUGGUGAAACGUGACAACCAGAUCACCGCUAACCUUUUGGAUAUUCUUUCUUCGACACCGACAGACGCUAGUGGUUCGCCUGGCAUGGGAAUGGGGGCCCUCAAGUCAAUUGAUUUGGAUGAUAUGAUUUCGCGACUCCUAGAUGCUGGUUACUCGACAAAAGUCACAAAGGCCGUCUGUCUGAAGAACGCCGAGAUCGUAGCUAUCUGCACUGCAGCACGUGAAGUGCUUCUCUCUCAACCUGCUUUACUAGAACUAUCUGCGCCAGUCAAAAUUGUUGGCGAUGUUCAUGGUCAAUAUACUGAUCUUAUCAGACUCUUUGAAAUGUGUGGCUUCCCUCCGGCUGCCAACUACCUUUUCUUGGGAGAUUACGUCGAUCGAGGGAAACAGAGUCUCGAGACAAUUCUCUUACUCCUAUGUUACAAGCUCAAGUAUCCUGAAAACUUUUUCCUUCUUCGAGGCAAUCAUGAAUGUGCCAAUGUGACUCGAGUUUAUGGGUUUUACGAUGAAUGCAAGCGGAGAUGUAACAUAAAGAUCUGGAAGACAUUUGUCGACACCUUUAAUUGCCUGCCUAUUGCUGCAAUUGUUGCGGGUAAAAUCUUCUGCGUUCAUGGCGGUCUUUCGCCGAGCUUAUCUCAUAUGGAUGAUAUCCGCGGUAUUGCCAGACCAACGGAUGUGCCGGAUUACGGUCUUCUCAAUGAUCUUUUGUGGAGUGACCCCGCUGAUAUGGAAGAUGAUUGGGAACCCAACGAGCGGGGUGUAAGCUACUGCUUUGGCAAGAAAGUUAUCAUGGACUUUUUACAAAAUCACGAUUUUGAUCUGGUCUGCCGAGCGCACAUGGUGGUGGAAGAUGGCUACGAAUUUUUCCAAGACCGAAUUUUGGUUACGGUAUUUUCAGCUCCAAACUAUUGUGGCGAAUUUGACAAUUGGGGGGCUAUCAUGUCGGUCUCCGGAGAAUUACUUUGCAGUUUCGAGCUGCUCAAACCGUUGGAUUCAAGUGCUUUGAAGAAUCAUAUCAAAAAGGGUCGCAACAAGCGUAACAGCAUGCUGAAUAGCCCUCCUGCGGUUGUUUCCGCUCAAAGUUAUUAA